AUGACGGAAAAGGAAAUACAAGAAACCUCUGUACAGGACCCAGAAUCACAGCGAAAAGCAGCAACUCAAGGCGAAGAUGUCAGUGAUGUCGACUACUCGGUCUUCACAGACAGCCAGCGGCGUUAUAUUGUCUUUAUGGCAUCGUGGGCUGGGUUUUUCUCGCCAGUCUCAUCCCAGAUCUAUUUUCCCGCUUUGAACACUUUAGCGAAGGAUCUUCAUGUGUCCAACUCUUUGAUCAAUCUAACUUUGACAAGUUAUAUGAUCUUCCAAGGACUGUCGCCCAUGUUCAUUGGCGAUUUUGCAGACAAAGCUGGACGACGACCAGCAUACAUUGUCUGCUUCACGAUCUACAUUGCAGCCAAUAUCGGACUUGCCCUGCAGAGCAACUAUGCAGCUCUUUUCGUGCUCAGAUGUCUGCAGAGUGCAGGAAGCAGCACCACCAUCGCCCUCUCAUCUGGCGUGGUCUCCGAUGUGGCCACUGCGUCCCAACGAGGCUCCUACAUGGGCUUUGUAACUGCUGGCUCUCUAAUGGGACCUUCAGUGGGACCAGUGGUUGGUGGUCUAUUAUCUCAAUACCUGGGGUGGCGCGCCAUAUUCUGGUUUUUGACCAUCUUUGCCGGAGCGUUCAUGAUACCUUUCCUGGUCUUCUUCCCAGAAACAGCUCGUGGUAUUGUCGGUGAUGGGUCACUGCCUCCUCAAAAAUGGAAUAUGUCCCUGAUCAGCCACCUCAAAUCGAGGAAAUCCCGUGAAGAGGGCGUUAUUUCUCCUGCCAAUGCCUCAAAGCAGAAACUCAAGUUCCCCAAUCCUUUCCAGACGCUCGCCAUUGUCUUUCAGAAAGAUGUCGGCAUAAUUCUCUUCUGCAAUGCUAUUCUUUUUGCGGGAUUCUAUGAUGUGAGCGCAACUAUUCCCUCCAUCUACAAUGAGCUAUAUGGCCUGAACGAUCUCCAAGUCGGUCUUUGCUACAUUCCAUUUGGCCUCGGUGCCACGAUUGCUUCAAUUGGCAAUGGCAAAUUCCUGGACUACAACUACCGCCGACUCGCGAAGCAGCUGAAUUUCCCCUUGGCCAAGAACCGGCACACUGACCUGCGGAACUUCCCCAUCGAGAAAGCUCGCCUUCAGAUUGCAUUCCCUCUUCUCGCUUUAGGUAGCCUCAGCAUCCUUGUGUUUGGAUGGUUCUUAAACUACGGGAUCCAUCUUGCUGCACCAACAUGUAUUCUUUUCCUUAUGGGAUUGACUUUGACGGGUGCAUUCAAUACUAUCAGUACAUUGCUGGUUGAUCUAUACCCAACACAAGCGGCCAAGGCCACUGCUGCCAACAAUUUCGGGCGUUGUUUGCUGGGAGCUGGUGCAACGGCGCUCAUUGAUCCUAUGCUUUCGGCUAUGGGCCGGGGAUGGUGUUUUACUUUCAUUGCACUUAUAAUGUUGGCAACUACACCGCUGCUUAUGAUUGUCAUCCGAAAAGGACCUCAUUGGCGCGAGGAGCGUCGUGUGAAGGAGGAGGCUAAGGUUGGGGGUGAGGGUGCCCUAAGAAGCGAGAAGUGA